AUGGAAUCAGUGAGUGAAGCUACUGAAACGACCACGGUUCGUAGUCGGAAGACACAGCAGAAAAAGCAGCAGCAGCAACAGAAACGAUCGACAUCGAUGGAGACGGAUGUGAACGAAAGACUUCAACACUCAUCAACAAGCGACGAACCCGCAAAGGGUUUGAAUGUAACCAAACCCAAAGAUAGCAACAAUGAACAGAAUGUGAUUCUUGAGGAAGUGAACGAUCGCUUUAGCUUCGCAAUUCGUUUGGAGUUCAAUGCAGCCACGAUGGGUUUGUUUUUGCUCUCGUUCCUGACACGGUUCUAUCGGAUCACCCAUCCGAAGGGUGUUGUCUUCGACGAGAUUCAUUUCGGGAAGUUUGUGUCGCUGUACCUCAAAAAUACCUUCUACUUUGAUCAACAUCCACCACUGGGGAAGCUGCUGAUUGCGGGCGCUGCAGGAGCCGUCGGAUAUAGUGGAAGCUUUGAGUUUCCAAAAAUCGGCAGCGAGUAUGAUGCGUCCGUCCCUAUACUCGCAUUGCGCUUUGUUCCGGCCUUAUGCGGAAGUUUGCUGGCCCCUGUCGUGUAUUCCAUCCUGCGACAGGUUAAGCUUGGUCAAGGUGUCAGCAUUCUUGGUGGCCUUCUGAUUAUCCUUGAUAAUGCUCUCUUGACACAUUCCCGCUUCAUCCUCAUGGAAUCGGUGCUGUUGUUCUUCGCAGCCCUGGGCAUACUGACCGUGCUGAAGUUCCUGCAAGCCAAACCCUUCUCUGUCCGUUGGUUGACGAUGGGAACGAUUGCAUCCGGUUCGCUAACUGCAGCUGUGUGCGUGAAGUUUGUCGGAUUCUACAGCUAUCUGCUGGCAAUGUACAUCAUCGGACGACACAUCUGGAUGGAACUGCCCGAUCGUCGUAAAUCGAACGCUUACAUCCUGUUCAAAGUGAUCGCUAAAGCUAUCCUAAUCGUGAGCGUAUCGUUAGCGGUAUAUGUCGGCUGUUUCUAUCUCCACUUUGCCACACUGUACAAAGCGGGACCUCAUGACAAUGUGAUGACGAGCGCGUUCCAGGCCUCUCUUGAGGGUGGGCUAGCAUCGAUCACAAAAGGUCAACCGUUGCGCGUUCAGCAUGGUUCGCAAAUCACGCUGAAGCAUACCCACGGACGUGUCUGUUGGUUGCACUCGCACACACACGUCUACCCAAUCAAGUACAAGGAUGGACGAGGAUCGAGUCAUCAACAGCAGGUAACGUGUUACGGAUUUAAGGACGUCAACAACUGGUGGAUUGUGAAGCGACCCAACAAGGACAGCUUGAUGGUUGACGACGAACCGGACUAUAUAGAGAAUGGAGACGUCAUUCAGCUUGUGCAUGGCGUAACAAGCCGUGCCCUCAACUCACACGAUGUGGCCUCACCGAUGUCACCACUCUGUCAGGAGGUGUCCUGCUACAUCGACUACAACAUCUCGAUGCCGGCCAACCUGCUGUGGCGCGUGGAGAUCCUGAAUGGCAAAGAGUCCAAGAAUAAGUGGCAUGCGAUCACGUCCCAAGUUCGUUUGGUGCACGUUAACACGACGGGAGCGCUUAAGUACACCGGAGAACAGCUGCCGGAUUGGGGUUUUAAUCAGUUUGAAGUGGCGGCUGACCGUCGUCAACAAACCAUCGACACUAUUUGGAACGUGGAGGAACACCGAUACACACAGCACAAGGAUAAGAAGGACGUGCUGAACAAGCUGCUCGCGACCGAGAUGAUACCGACGGAACCUACGAAGUUGUCCUUCUGGAACAAGUUCGCAGAGCUGCAGCUGAAGAUGCUACUACACGCGGACAAACUCGAAAGCCACAUGUACUCCUCAGAACCGCAAGAGUGGCUUCUGAUGGAUAAAGGUAUCGCUUACUGGAUCGAUGGUGAAUCGAACGCCCAGGUACACCUGCUUGGCAACCUUGUCAUCUGGUACUCGGCGACUCUUGCCAUUCUGAUGUACGUAGGGUUCUUGGUGUUUUACCUCAUUCGACGACGCCGAGAGCUGUACGAUCUAGAACCAGUCGAGUGGGACCGUUUCCGGUUGGGUGGUGAGAUAUUCCUUGCUGGAUAUCUGAUCCACUACCUACCUUACUUUUUCGUCGAGCGAACGCUCUUCCUGUACAACUAUCUUCCGGCGCUUCUGUUCAAGGUGAUGCUCCUCUGUUUUGUGCUGGACCACUGCCAACUAGCCCUGAGAAAGUUCGUCAAACAACCAACGUUCGUGGUGGGCAUCUUUCGCGCAAUAGUAGUCGCAUGGUUUGCCGGCGUGCUCUACUUCUUCCAACGGUACAGCGUGCUUAGCUACGGAACUACAGCUCUGUCCGCUGACGAUGUGCUCGAACUGCGUCUUAAGGAUACCUGGGAUCUGAUCGUUCACAAGCCUUAGGCGUACUUAAAAGCAC